UGGACGGCACUAUCCCCUCCGUCCCCUCGGCGAGCGCGUUCCCUCCCUUUUCCCUCAGCUGGUCUCGUCAGCGCUGCCAGCGUGGAGCCGGCUGGCCGGCCGAGAAGGCGGAAGUGCCCGGAGGGGAGGAGUCGUACCCAAGAACUCGCCUGGCCAUGGAGAGCUCCCUGGAGAAGAUGGUUGACCCUACCUUAGCAGAAAUGGGAAAGAAUCUUAAUGAGGCCAUGAAGAUGCUGGAAGACAAUCAAAGAAAAAUUGAGGAAGAAAAUGAAAAGAAAUAUGUAAGGAACGAUAUUCCUGGACCACUCCAAGGGAGUGGGCAAGAUAUGGUGAGCAUUCUCCAAUUAGUACAGAACCUCAUGCAUGGAGAGGAGGAAGAUGAGUCAUCACAGUCUUACCGACUUCAGAAUGUUGGAGAACAAGGUCACAUGGCUUUACUGGGACAUAGUCUGGCAGCUUAUAUUUCAGUGCUGAACAGGGAAAGGCUGAGAAAUCUUACAACUAGAAUCCUUUCGGACACCACCCUGUGGCUUUGCAGACUCUUCAGGUAUGAAAACGGGUCAGCUUAUUACCAUGAAGAUGAUCGUGAAGGUCUCUUAAAAGUCUGUAGGCUUGUUAUUCACUCUUGCUACGAAGACUACACAGUAGAAGGAUUCAAUGUGUUAUAUAAUAAGCAGCCUGUUAUAUACAUUAGUUCUGCAGCCAGAACAGGCUUGGGCCAAACUCUCUGCAAUCAGCUUGGGUUGCCCCUUUCAUGCAUGUGCCGCGUGCCUUGUAACACCAUGUUUGGAUCCCAACAUCAGAUGGAUGUUGCUUUAUUGGACAGACUAAUUAAAGACGAUAUUAACUUUGGAAAGCUGCCACUAUUACUAGUGGCGAAUGCUGGUACACCAGGAGCAGGUCAUACAGACAAGCUUGGGCGACUGAAAGAACUUUGUGAGCAGUAUAACAUGUGGCUACAUGUAGAAGGAGUGAAUUUGGCAACUUUGGCUUUAGGUUAUGUCUCCUCUUCAGUACUGGCUGCAACAAAAUGUGACAGCAUGACUCUUACUCUGGGUUCCUGGUUGGGUCUCCCAGCAGUACCUGCAGUGACACUCUACAGACACGAGGAUCCUUCUUUGUCCUUAGCUGCAGGCCUGACAUCAAGUCAGCCAGUAGAGAAACUCCGUGCCCUGCCCCUGUGGCUAUCCUUGCAGUACCUGGGACAUGAUGGGAUUGUAGAGAGAAUAAAGCAUGCAUCUCAGCUGAGUCAGAGGUUGCUGGAAAACUUGAAGAACAUGGAUUUCAUUAAAACUUCGGUUGAAGAUGAAUUUAGCUCUCCUGUAGUGGUAUUCAAGUUUUCCCCAGAACUUCCAAAUAUAGAUCAGAUGCUACACGCUGGACCGGCAUCUAUAAUUCAACACCCUAUAACCAGCAAUGAGAGACAUAUUUGUGACACGUUCAAUCAGUGGCUAGGUGAACAGUUGGCACAGUUAGUGCCUGCCAGUGGAGUUGAUGUGGUAGAACUAGAAGAUGAAGGCACAUGUGUACGUUUUAGCCCAUUAAUGACUUCUGCAGUUUUAGGAACUGAAGUACAAGAUGUAGAUCAGUUGGUGGACUGCUUGAAAAUGAAGAUAUCAAUACUGACAUGCACACUGCAGCUAAGAGAGGAAUUUGAGCAAGAAGUGAAAAGAACAGUAGGCUUGUCAUAUAUUGAAGACCUCAGCUGGCCAGGACUAGGUGUUGUAAGGUAUGAGUAUAACAGUGAUGGGAAGAAUGAUGACAAACAAGAGAAAGAAGCAGAGAAAAUUAACACUGGACUUUUGAAAAAAUUAAAUGAACUGGAAUCGGAUCUCACUUUUUCUUUGGGCCCAGAAUUUGGAGGGGAGAAGAACUGUGUAUAUAUCGGCAUGGUAACUGAAGAUCUGGAUGUGUCCGAGCUGGUAGAAACUAUUGCAGCGACAGGCAGAGAAAUUGAAGAAAAUUCUAGACUGCUGGAAAACAUGACUGAAGUCGUUAGAAAGGGGAUACAGGAAGCGCAGGUUCAGCUUCAGAAAGCAAAUGAAGAAAGACUUCUUGAAGAGGGCCUGCUACGACAGAUUCCUGUAGUUGGCUCUGUGCUGAACUGGUUUUCUCCAUUUCAAGCAUCACCAAAGGGAAGAACAUUUAACUUAACAGCAGGCUCUCUAGAGUCCACAGAGCCCACCUAUGUAUCAAAAGCACAGGGGACUGGGACUACCCCACCCCCGACUCCGACUCCCAAUCGCAUUAAGCAAAGACUUCCUGGUCAAAAGCUUUUUAAAAGAUCUUUAAGAAGCUCUGAUGGAUUUAGUGAGACCAGUUCAGUUAGUCAUACUGAUGACUUGGAAAAGAUGGAGCAACUCUCCCAUUCUGUGUCUACUGUACAAGAGCAAGGGACUGUGGAGACAGAGAAAGCGGAGCAGCAGAAUGAGAUCGUACAGGUAACAAGUGACAAAACUGAAGACCUGCAAAGUGACAAAUCACAACGAUCAGGAAAUGACUGCACUAAAGUAGAGGAACAAGAAAGUCUAAGAUAAAAUCCAGAUUUUGUGAAUGAAGACUUUGUAUAAUAACCACAUUCCCUGUAUGGCAGGGAAGUUUAUGAUGUAUUCAAAAUGUGAACAGUGCCACAUGUUAGUACAGUAACUACUACUGUAAUUCACAGUUAACAGGGAUUUUGCACAAAAGCAAGUUAAAAACAAAGCUUUUUCCCCUAGGAGCCAGUUAACUUGUUUUAUUGUACACUUAUGACAAUUGUUUCAACCCUAUAUACAUUAUCUCCAAAGUGAUAUUAAAAUACCUGAUUUAUUUUAAUGGCUUAUAAACAUUUGCCUGAAGGAAUAUUUUUUGGCAAAAGAGUGACAGUUACUGUAUGAAUCCAGGUGGCAUUAUAGUGCUUAAUGAGUUGAUCAUACAUUUGAGUUAAGGUUAAGCAUGCACCUGGUGAUAUUUGUAAAGUGGACCUAAUUUAAAAAUAUUCAGUAAACCUGCCAGUUGCUCACCUUUAUAUUUUAAAUCAGUUUAAUCUUAAAAAAAAAAAAAAAAA